AGUUAUUUAAACAUGCUGACGGAGUUGACAGUACGUCAACGUCCAGGGCUGAAUUGCAUUAGCAGUAAAUGCUUCAUCUUUAUUUACUUUCAAUUUUUAUGCUCAUGAUGACAGUGUGGGUGCGCAUUUGUGAGUGUGUUUGUGUGUGUGUGUGUGUGCUCUCCAACAUUCACGCCAGUGCCGUGAAUCACAUUCUUUGGUCUCAUGACAGCAUCUUUCAGCGCAAGUGGCGGGAGUCGGUAUUUAAGGGCAGGGCCCUGGCACCGCGCGAGCGGAUUCUGACAGAGCCGUAAACACGUUCUGACAUUGCGGCUCCGGCUCCGGCGGCGACCGCGGGCUGUGUACUUGACUCUGCCCUUCAGGCCACCUGUCGGGCGCACAACGCCGCCUGUUUGGAAAAAAAAAACUUUGCUACUGUGGGCGCCCUUCACGUCUACUGCUGCAACGGCAAGAGGGCCAUUUGCUCUAAUUAGGAGAAGUCAUGAUGAGGGUGACCAAAAGCAUCGACAUCCCGGUUUAUGACCUGUCACUCAUACGGGGUAUCUGGGAGACCAGAGUCAGGAAGCACAAGCAGCGGCAGAAGAAGGAGCAGGAACGACAGGAGAAAAGUGCCCUCACUAAGAUCAACCAGGAAUGGCACUAUCGCCUCACGUGCAAGACGAUGAAGCCUAGCGAGAUCUCAGAGCUCCAACACUACUUGGAGAGAAAGCCCUUGUCUGAUACAAGGAACUACAAUGGGGUCUCGAACCUUCAGCCCUACCGGGAAUCUCUUGAAGCAGAUUCAGACCAGAAAGUUCAAAUCGAAGAACAGAGAUUUAUUUUUGAGCUGGAUGAUGAAUCCUGGACGGAACUCCCUGAUUACGUUGAAGAUAUGACACACCUUAGACAGUGGCACAUAAGAGGGACUAGAAUUCAGAAGAUACCAAAAUACAUAGAGAAUUUUCAAGAGCUCCAGGUGCUGGACGUGCCCAAAAAUGACCUCGAGGAGCUUCCAGUGGAAAUAGGCAAACUGGUUAGCCUGAAGGAGCUGAAUGUAAGUUAUAAUAAGCUGUCAAAUAUUCCUCCGGAACUUGGAGAAUGUGAGAAACUGGAAAGACUGGAAGUAAUUGCAAAUCUUGAUAUCAAGGAAUUGCCAUUUGAGCUCAGCAAUCUGAAGAAACUCACGUAUUUGGAUUUGUCGGCAAACAGACUCUCUUGCAUACCCGUCUGUGUCCUGCGCAUGUCGAGCCUGCAGUGGCUGGACAUCAGUAACAACCUGCUGACUGAUUUACCCCAGGACAUUGACAGGUUAGAAGAAUUGAAGACACUGUUUCUUCAUAAGAAUAAGCUGACGUACUUGCCCAUGGAGCUGACGAAUAUAUCUACUCUUCAGAUGCUCGUUGUCAGUGGUGACCUACUGGUCUGUCUUCCAUCAAAGCUUUGCAGUGAUCCAGCCAUUAAAUUCAUUACCCUGUAUGAUAAUCCAAUUGAUGCCGAAGAAGUAGAAAAGGAUGAAACGGAAGAGAGUGAAAAAAGACAGAAUCUCAAGGAUAAGGAGUUCAUGGACACGUACCUUGAAAGCCUUAAGGACAGAGACACUGCUCCAUCGUACACCACUAAAGUAACUCUGAGUUGCCUUCUAUAAUGAGAUGAAGCACUUAUAAGAAGACUGGUGGGAAGAUUGUUUGCUGAAGAUCGCAUGUGAUCGGAUUUGACAUUUAAUCAUUGAUGGUGAUUAGUUUACCAUCUUGUUGCUGCUUUGGAGAUUAUUUGAUUGAAUUGAUCCAUGAUGUCAUUAUAUAUGUACGGUGGUUUGGCUUACAGUAAAUAUUAUGAGAAGAGAUAUCAGAUAAAUCAAAAAUUUCCCGAAAAGUUUCCUUGGCCCUCUCAACAUUUUCUGGAAACGUAUAAACCUGGAAACAAACAAUGAGUUUCAUGAGCAUUGGAAGAACCAAAUUUAAUUUAAUGUACGAUGAAAAUUAAUUACUAAUUCCAACGAGAGUCAAGUCAUUAGUCACUAUUGGCAUUAUGUGAACGUGCUGUAUGUACCCCAGGCUUCUAGCAAUAUCUGUCUCUAAAUUUGACUCACAAUUAAACAAUGUGACAAGUGGUAACUCAGUGAAUUUUAGUGGAAUUAAAGAAAAAAAAGAAGCUAUUUAGCCAAAUCACCACUCGUUGGGUUGUCAUGCUUUGAUGAAAGGUAAUGGAGCAUGACCCUAGAGCUCGUUUAAAAUAUUUUCUGAUACCCGAGACAGUAAAAGCAAUCCCUGGCCAUUUGAGCCUUUCUGGUUUUGGGAGUGCUGCGUUCCCUCUGUUUCCGCUACAUACAAGAUGUCAGACUUAUCCUUAAUUCCAUUUGGAGCUUAGCAGUCCAAUUAAUUAUUUUUGUGAAGACAUACCGUGAUUCCAUCCUUUGCCUUUAUUUGAGGGGCAGAGUACAUAUGUUGAAUAGUACAGGGGUUAGUACUGUAGUUCAGGAAGAACAUGGGAAACGAUCAAUGUUGGGCUGUUUCCUGGCUAACUACACAAUUAACUGUUGGUAUCCAAAUUUACUUUUUUCCGUUGAGGAACAUAGACAAUAAUCAUUGAGUCACACGCUGGUGUGACACCCCUGGGGGGGAGAUGCGGCAGUUCCGGGACUGUUGGUUGCCGCAUGGAGAGAGAGACAGAGAGCACCCCACACAAACACAAAAUCAAAUAAAUGAACACGUCAACUUUCCUCCUCAGGGGUUCUGGGUGAAAAUAAUAAACUAAAACAAUAAACUACAAUAACGAAGUCAAAAGAAAGUAAAACCCAGCGACAGUUUUUCAGCUGCCUGCUGGGAUCAGCUGGCCAACUUUUCAGCCGACUUGUGCACCAACGUACAAAAACUCAAUCUGGCUCUCUCGGUGUGUGCUCCCAGUCCCGGCCCCUGGACUGUGGAGGGGAACAAACCUUUAAGCACCUGCGCUGAUUGGUUAACGCAGCCCAGGUGCGCGUGCUCUCUCCACCAGCCGGCGUGACCGAGACAAAUCAGUUUCCCUGUCGGACCGAAUGUGACACGUUGUAAAUUCCACUGUUCUUCGCUGUCAGGUUAUCACUUAACUUUUAAAAGAAAAACUUUGCUUUGAAAAGAAAAACUUAACCUGUCAACUUUGCGCUAACUGUACAUUAAUGCAACACGGUGUCUUUGCUGAGAACUGUACUAUGCCUGUUAUAUUUUGAAAUUGUGCUUAACAUUCAUUGUUCCAUUGACACCAGCGACCGGAAAGGUCUGUUCAAGGUUUAGCAUAACUACACAUAUGUGUAUUCAAGUCGUGUGUGGUUAAACAUUAUUGUGAUAGGACAAUCCACCAAACAAUUUUGUCAUCAAUGAAGAGUGAUUACUUCGUGUGUGCCACUACAGCUAUGUAGUUUUCAAAUGGAACAUUUGUCUUCAGUGUUUACUAACAAAAAAUAAAACUGUCAGCGUCAUAACAAACAUUUAAUGGCAAGUCCUCUAAUCACUACAGUUGGGGAAAAUAAAAUAGCGCUUGCCUUUAUUUUUAUCUCGAAGUUAACAUUAAUUUUGAUUGACUCUCGGUCUGUGUGUCCACAAAGUUCAGUAGGCACUUGUAGCUGCUUAAGCACAGUUGUUUUCCCCCACAGACAAUUACCAGCUUUCAGAAAUCACAUUUCGUAGGAUUAAAAAAAUACACACGUACCUACUUACAGUAGUUUAAGUUCAAGGGUUCAUUUUAGCAUGAAAUAACUUUUCCUGUGAUCAAAAAUGAGAGAAUUUAGGCAGUAGCAUGGCUUGUUGUCCUCUCUAUUCUUUAGGUUAUUCAAAUUAUCUUGAUUGGAAGACACCUCAAAUGUUCCUCACCAUCAAAAAAGGAAACUUUGCAGGAUCCUUCAAUCAUUACGCCAAUAGGGACUGGUGAAGCAGACUAGAUAUCACUGUUUUGAUGUGACCAAACACUUGUUUGUGUGUGCAAUAGGCAGAUACAGUAUUUGAACUUGGUUUGAAUUUUAGCAUUUUGGAUGGUUGACUGUGUGUUUUACCGAUUGAAUUAAUUUCUUCAUCAUAACUUCUCAACAGAAGUUAACCAUAUGCCAUCAGAAAUUUUGUCUCACCUCAUUCUGAGAAUAAACUUGUAUUUUUCAGCAUA